CCAACGGUGUCCAGCUCACGGCAACCUGGUUAUGACUUCGACGCUACGUAUGAACCUCUAUAUAUACGUCUUCCAGUUCCUUUCUUUUUCCUCAUCCUUGCGUUCGAAGUAGCAAUCGAGUUCGAGCUUUCUGUUUAACUUUCCCAAGACUAGAAGCUUUCUGGUUACCGUGUACAUGGUUGAACUAGACAUCCAGAUCCCAACUGCUUUCGACCCAUUUGCUGAGGCCGCAGACUCAGGUGCCCCUGGAGCCAAAGAGUAUGUUCAUAUUCGCAUACAGCAAAGGAAUGGAAAAAAGAGCCUGACUACCAUUCAAGGGCUGAAGAAAGAGUACAAUUACGACAAGAUCCUGAAGGACCUCAAGAAGGAUUUCUGCUGUAAUGGGAAUGUGGUGCAAGACAAGGAGCUAGGAAAAGUGAUUCAGCUCCAAGGCGAUCAACGCAAGAACGUGGCUGCCUUUCUUGUCCAAGCUGGGCUUGUGAAGAAGGACCAAAUCAAGAUACAUGGUUUCUAAGGGAUUGACUGAUACAUAUCAGUAGGUGAUAUAGUUGAUAUAGUAUCUGAAUGUGUGGGGUGACAGACCCAUAUCAUAUACUUGGUAUCGUGUUGGUUUGAGUUAAUUUCCUUUUGCUAUUUGGAGUAUUGGUAAUAAAGCAAUUAUGGACCGCCUAUUAUUAGUAAUGGAAGUGAAUGUUUUUGUGCUUUUGAGAAAUUUA